AUGCCGCGAGCAACAUUACCGCCCACGCCGGCGUCUUCGACUGACAUCCAAGGCCAGGAUGGCUCCAAGGAGCUGACCUCCUUGCAAAUGGCCUUUGAGCUUCCGCCGCCGGCCCUCGUCAGCGCUGCUGGUAGCGGCAACAACAAGGGAAGUCACACCGCCACGACGCCUACAAGUGCGACAGCUACGAACGCCGACACCAACAUGUUAUCACCUCCCAUUGAGCCCAGCAGCAAACCUCCAGCUGUCUCGACGGGCACAAAACGGCCAUCCUCGUCAUCGCCUUCCUCCAAAACCGCAUACCCUGUCCAAGCCGCUGAGACGGUCAAAUCCCGCCGGCGGUCUUCUGCCUUGCAAGCUCAGGCACAGGUUCAGGCCCAGAUACAAGCACAGGCACAUGCCCAAGCUCAGACUACUACAACCGCGUCAACAUCGUCCGCCAAGGAUGCCUUCGCUCUACCACCACCGCCUACACGGUCACGCAAGAUCAUUCAAAUGAAACCACGGACAGCAGCCAACUCUGGAGCUGGGAAGGGUAGUGGGAAAGAUGCGAAGGAUGCGAAAGAUAAAAUCGAAGGACCGGCUCCUGUGCCUACAGGAACGUCAAGCUCAGCCUCGACUACAAAGGGCAGCAGAAAUAGUGCGGCGGCAGCGGCCGCGGCAGCCACUGCUGCCGCUGCCGCAGAAGACUCUGCGGCUACCGAAACUCCCGCCUCGGCGACAACAACAGCCUCAAAGAAAAAACAGCCGUCUGCUACAAGCGCUGCGGGUCGCAAAAUUGCUCGCAAGACAGCACACAGCUUGAUCGAACGGAGGCGGCGGUCCAAGAUGAACGAGGAGUUCGCGGUGCUCAAAGGUAUGAUACCGGCGUGCACAGGCGAGAUGCACAAGCUGGCCAUCUUGCAGGCGUCGAUCGAGUACGUGCGGUACCUUGAAGACUGCGUGGCCACAUUGAAGGCACAGCGUGAAAGCGAGCAGCAACACCAACACCAGCAUUCCAACUUCCCACCACUCUCGCCCAACACGCAACCACACCAAUAUCGCUCUGCCGCAUAUACGGAGGAAUCAAUAUCGCCCGAUGUGGAGAUGACAGGUACCGGUGGGCCAGACGAUGACGACAACGAUGUACAUCCGAACCGGAGAAGCAGGGGAGACGACGACGAAGAUGAUGAAGAAGAGGCAGAGGAGGACGAUGAGUCGGAAAAAGACGACGAUGAGCUGGGCGAUGAGGAUAUGAACGCACACAAGAAUACCGCCAGUAGUCGUCGGCGGCCGCAGAGACAGCACACAGCCUCUUCGUCGCCAGCCCUGCUUGCCCAAGAUCGACCACAAUCUGCUUUUGGCCGACAGUCGCACCAACAGGACGCCCGUCACAACUCACAGUCCUCCACGGAGUCAUCACGUUACUCACCGUCCCUGGCAGCUGCUGUUUCAGCCUCGCUUACAGCAGCAGCGGGCAGCAAUGACGCUCACCGUCGCCACUACGGCAGCUUCAGCUACCCUUCUGGCGGCGGCUUUACGAUCUCUGCCCAGACGUCGCCAGCCUUUGGUCCACAGCAGCACCCAUUGCCGUCUCUGCCACUUUCGACAGCUGCGUCGCCGUUUUUAUACGGCGCCAGCGGUAGCGGCGCCGGUCUCCCCAACCUUGGUGGCGCAGGAACAUCCAGUGCGGCUGCUUCUGUUUCCGGUUCGACGUUGACGAGUCCGGCCCUCCUGCCACAGCGGGACAUGGACCAGGAGGCGACGGCGGCGUUGCUGAUGUUGAACAGCGAUCGUCGCGGUACGUCGGGGAGCGUCAGUGGAAGCGUCAGUGGCGGUAGUGGCAAUGGUGCUGGAAACGGCAAUGCAGCAGGAAGAGGGAUGAGUGUGCAAGAUCUGCUAACUACAUAG